AUGCUGCAAGGGCUACCGCGGGGAGCUGCAAGCGGUCGGCUGGCAUAUGAGCUUCAAGUGACCGCGACGAGCUGCAAGCGGCCGACGUCGGAGAUAAAGAUGAGUGACGUCGAUGCUGCAAGGGCUACCACGGGGGAGCUGCAAGCGGUCGGCCGCGGCGAGCUGCAAGGGCUACAUGAACUGCCUUUUCUUGGAGCUGCAAGAGGCCAGUGCGGAUGCUUGCAACUUCCACCACCUGAGCUGCAAAGGGCCUCCACCUGCAAGGGCCUACGCCGGAGCUGCACGCGCUACAACGAUCCUGCUAGCGCCGACUACCGGAGGGCCGCCGCGGAUGCUUCCAACGCCACUGGAGAGCCGCCGCUGAUGCUGCCUGCACCUACAUCGGGAGUGGCACCGCGGAUGCUACCAGCCCCUCCAGUUGGCGGGUCGCCGCCGAUGUUGCUAUCUCAAGAAGGUGCUGCUGCAUCGACGGUGGUCUUCUCGGGUGAUGUGGUCUUCAACGAGGACGACCUUGUGUCAUGGAUAGCAGCGUCGGCGCAGAACGGAGUUUUAACCGGGUUUGUGGAGUAUUAUCCCGGCCUAAACUUUAUACACGUGAAACCGCGAGCGAGCCGUUUGGCAGGCCGGUCUUGGCCGGGUUCAGCCCGAGUAAACCCCGCAAUACACGUCGACCCGACGAGUUUUCCAGACGCUCCACCCACCUCGCGUUUUUUUGGUUCACGCGCGUCGCAGCAGCACCGGAUUUCCUCUCGCGGCGACGCCAGAUCUCCUCUCGCAGCGACGCCGGCGGCUCCGUUGCCCCGCAAACAGAAAGUAACAGCUCUGGCGACGCCUCCUUCAGCACCUUAUGCCGCCGACUCAGCAUCCGCCGCCGCCGUUGACUCAGUACCCGCCCCCGCCGCCUCAGAACCUGAUGCCGCCGCCGCUGAGGUUCCUGCCGACGUAGGCUCCUUCGGCCGUCCGUCCUCUCGUACUUGGAGGCUGCAGACUAGCAGAUCUCCAGAUGGAUGGAGUGGUCGCAUGCGCUCCAUUCGUUCAUCCGCCAGUUAUUCGCUUCACCUCCCAGGACACAUGACAGAGUCCAUUUCAUCCUUUGUGAGAAGAGUGGAGAAACUCUGUUGGGUGGAAGUGCAUCGGAGACAGCUUCUCAACAUGAUGCAUGGCUCCGUUGGUGCGGCGGAGCGAUGACACUGUCACUUGCCCGGCCUCUGCUGACUUAAUAUUCGCCGAUGCUACCGCGUCCAUCUUUAAGUCGCAUCACCUUAUGUCCCCAAGCUGACAGAAGUCAAGGCCCCUGCGCCUCUGAUCCAGCAUCUAUUUAUGUAAUGUGCUUGUGACCAGAGUGUAAAAGUUUAAUUUUUAUUUGAAUUACUAUGAUCGUCCUA